GUGGUCAGCGCUGUGUUGGAGAAGAUCGGCAAGCAGAAGAAUGGAGGUCAAUUGGCUGUGAAAAGUCAGCAUGUGAAGAGCUACUUGUGGGUCUUCAUCAAUUGCUUAGUGGAGAAUCCAGCCUUCGACUCACAGACCAAAGAAACCUUGACCAGCAAAAGGGAAAGGUUUGGUUCGGCUUGCCGCCUACCUGAAGAUCUGCUUUCAGAGGUCUUAGAGAGUGGACUGUUGGAGUCCCUCCAGGAGUGGUCCAAAGCCAUGGGAAAGAGCGAGUUGGCUCAACACCUGAAUCGCAGCGACCUAGGUCUGCAGAAGCGGCUUUUUGGCGUGCCCAAAUUGGAAGAUGCCAACAUGGCAGGAACCAAAGAGGGGCACAACUGCACCUUGAUCUUGACCGAAGGAGACUCGGCGAAGGCCCUUGCCGUGGCUGGUCUCUCCGUGCUGGGCCGUGACCGCUUCGGUGUCUUUCCCUUGCGUGGGAAGCUGCGCAAUGUGAGGGAGCUGACCGUGAAGCAAAUGCUGGAAAAUAAGGAGAUCGAUCAGGUCUUGAAGAUCAUGGCCUUAGAUGCCACCAAGGAGUAUCAAGAUGCCAAAGGCCUCCGCUAUGGUUCCAUCAUGAUCAUGACGGAUCAGGAUCACGAUGGCUCGCACAUCAAGGGGCUGAUCAUCAACUUCAUUCAUCACUGGUUUCCAUCUUUGCUGAGGCUUCCAGGCUUCCUGAAGGAGUUUGUGACGCCCAUUGUCAAGGUGACCAAGGGCGAGGACACCCGGACCUUCUUCACGCUGCCCGAAUACGAAGCCUGGAAGGAGGCCACUAGAGAUAGCCACACUUGGAAGUGCAAGUACUACAAAGGUCUUGGAACCAGCACCAGCGCCGAAGCCAGGGAGUACUUUGCCGACCUCCAAGAUCAUCAGAUCCAAUUCACCUACUCAGGCGCGCGUGACGAUGAUCUCAUCGACAUGGCCUUUGCAGCGAAGAGGUCUGACGAUCGCAAGCAGUGGAUUGCUGGGGUGGAGGAUGGAACCUUUGUGGAUCACUCCCAGACAUCCCUGAGCUACACAGACUUCAUAGAGAAGGCUGUGGAUGGGGAUAACCUGUUUGGACCAACUUUGAGUUUGAUCUACUGGGCAUCGCCUGUAGGCAUCACCGCAGAGUUGGUGCUCUUUGCGAAGUACGAUGUGGAACGAGCGGUGCCUUCCAUGGUGGAUGGAUUUAAGCCGGGCCAGCGAAAGGUGUUGUUUGGAGCUUUCAAAAAGAAACUGAACAGCGAGAUCAAAGUGGCUCAGUUCUCAGGAUAUGUGGCCGAGCAAAGCGCCUAUCAUCAUGGCGAAGCAUCCCUGCAGGAUCAUGCGGCGUCGCGAUACAUCUUCACGUGCCUCUCGAAGGUGACGCGCUGCAUCUUUCCGGAAGAGGACGAUGCAGUACUGGAGUGCGGCCCUCAGGGGUCCUAA